CAGUUCCCAUUUCCUAAGCUCUCGGGCGGUCGGGAUGGAGGGAGGCAGCGCAUCGCCCGGCCUCGGCUCCAUGAACCACGACGCCAAGGUGAGGCUUUUGUCUUUGUGUUCUACCAACGGGACAGGAUGAACGCAUCCCAGAGCUACCAGCAGCCGGGCUGGAAGCGCGGGCCGGCUCAGAAAAGCCCCACGCGCUCCUCCGGCCCCAUCGGAGCCGCUCUCCGGGGCCGCCUCCCGCGCACCGCACGGGGCGGCGCUGCCGACGGGCGCCGCUCCGAGCCGCGCCGUGCAGCUCCGAGCCGUGCCGUGCAGCUCCGAGCCGUGCCGAGCCGAGUCCCGGAUGUUGGAGCAGCCCCCGCUGCGCUCAGUCCUUUUCCAUAAAAGGCCAAGGGGCUCGGCGGAGGCCGGGGCCAUGGCGCUGGACGGGAUCCGCAUGCCGGACGGCUGCUACGCCGACGGGACGUGGGAGCUGAGCGUCCAUGUCACCGACCUGGGCCGCGACGUCACCCUGAGGGUCACCGGGGAGAUCCACAUCGGGGGAGUCAUGCUGCGCCUCGUCGAGAAGCUCGAUGUGAAGAAGGACUGGUCGGACCACGCGCUCUGGUGGGAAAAGAAGAAGACGUGGCUCCUCAAAACGCACUGGACGUUGGACAAGUAUGGGAUCCAGGCUGACGCCAAGCUGCAGUUCACCCCGCAGCACAAGCUGCUCCGCCUGCAGCUGCCCAACAUGAAGUACGUGAAGGUGAAGGUCAACUUCUCCGACAGAGUCUUCAAGGCGGUUUCCGACAUCUGCAAAACCUUCAACAUCAGACAUCCGGAGGAGCUCUCUCUUCUGAGGAAACCCAGAGAUCCAUCAAAGAAAAAAAAGAAGAAGCUGGAUGACCAAUGUGACGACGAAGCCUUCGAGCUGGAGGGCCCACUGAUCACACCAGGGUCGGGCACCGAUAUUCUUUACAUCGGCCCCGUCAAAGGAAACAUCUAUUCCAGCCCAGGACUGUACAGCAAAACCAUGACGCCGACGUACGACGCGCACGACGGCAGCCCCUUGUCCCCCACGUCCGCGUGGUUUGGGGACAGCGCCUUGUCGGAGGGCAACCCGGGCAUCCUGGCCGUCAGCCAGCCCGUCACCUCCCCCGAGUCCCUAGCAAAGAUGUACAAGCCACAGGCGCUCCUCGACAAAGCCAAAAUCAACCAAGGGUGGUUGGAUUCGUCCCGAUCCCUCAUGGAGCAGGAGGUGAAGGAAAACGAGGCUUUGCUGCUCCGGUUCAAGUACUACAGCUUUUUCGACCUGAAUCCAAAGUACGACGCCAUCAGGAUCAACCAGCUGUACGAGCAGUCCAAGUGGGCCAUCCUGCUGGAGGAGAUCGAGUGCACGGAGGAGGAGAUGAUGAUGUUCGCGGCGCUGCAGUACCACAUCAACAAGCUGUCCAUCAUGUCAUCAGAAAACCACCUGAACAACAGUGACAAGGACGUGGACGAGGUGGAUGCUGCACUCUCCGACCUAGAAAUCACCUUGGAAGGUGGCAAAACGUCAACGAUUCUGGGUGACAUCACUUCCAUCCCGGAGCUCGCUGACUACAUUAAAGUAUUCAAGCCCAAGAAGCUGACCCUGAAAGGUUACAAGCCAUACUGGUGCACCUUCAAAGAUACCUCUAUCUCCUGCUACAAAAGCAAAGAGGAAGCCAAUGGGACUCCUGCCCACCAGAUGAACUUGAGAGGAUGUGAAGUCACCCCCGACGUGAACAUCUCCGGUCAGAAGUUUAACAUCAAGCUUCUGAUCCCCGUUGCAGAGGGAAUGAAUGAAAUCUGGCUGCGCUGUGACAACGAGAGGCAGUACGCCAGCUGGAUGGCCGCCUGCCGCCUCGCCUCCAAGGGCAAGACGAUGGCGGACAGCUCGUACAGCAUGGAGGUGCAGAACAUCCUCUCCUUCCUGAAGAUGCAACACCUCAACCCAGACCCGCAGCUGAUCCCGGAGCAAAUCACAACAGACAUCAACCCCGAGUGCCUGGUGUCCCCGCGCUACCUGAAGAAGUACAAGAACAAGCAGCCAGGCUAUGUAAGAGACUUGCUCACGGCGCGGAUCCUGGAGGCCCACCAGAACGUCGCCCAGAUGAGCCUCAUCGAGGCAAAGAUGCGCUUCAUCCAAGCUUGGCAGUCGCUGCCCGAAUUCGGCAUCACACACUUCAUCGCCAGGUUCCAGGGGGGGAAGAAGGAAGAGCUGAUCGGCAUUGCCUACAACAGGCUCAUCCGCAUGGACGCCAGCACGGGUGAUGCCAUCAAAACGUGGAGGUUCAGCAACAUGAAGCAGUGGAACGUGAACUGGGAGAUCAAAAUGGUGACGGUGGAGUUCGCCGACGAUGUGCGGGUGUCCUUCAUCUGCACAGAGGUGGAUUGCAAAGUGGUGCAUGAGUUCAUUGGUGGUUACAUCUUCCUGUCGACGCGAGCAAAGGACCAGAACGAGAGCUUGGAUGAGGAGAUGUUCUACAAACUGACCAGCGGCUGGGUGUGAGCCCCAUGUACUGUAAGCCAAGAGGAAACCCCGUGGCCGUAUUAAUAUUUAACUUUAAGAAGCUGUUAUUUGAAAUAUGCUGCUUAAUAAAGUAAGCUUGAAAUGUAUCUUUUUUUUUUUUUUAAUCAUGAACGUUUUUGCAUUACCAGACCAGUUAAUCUGUGUGCACUAAUGAGCACUUCUGUUAAUUUGCUAUAACGAGACCGUGCCUGGGCCAGGUGAUGCUGCCUGCAGCCUUACUCCAGAACAUGCCUGCAGCUGGGAUAGGAUUUGACUUAAAGAGCCAAAUUUCCAAGAGAACUCUAAGCCAUCUUCUUUAAAAGCCAUCCGGGGCUUAAACGAUAUGAAGUCUAUUUAUCAUGUUUAAUGCAUGAGUGUUUUAUUUCCUUUUUUUUUUUGUGUUCUCUCGUUGUAUUUUUUUUAUUAUUGUUAUUCUGUACAUUUGACCUGUUUGGAAGUUGUCCUCCCCAUAUGUAGAGUUCCAGUCUCCUUUCACACUACACGCACCGGGACUGCUACGGGUGCCUGAUGUUCUUCUGAAGAUAUGUGGCCUUAAAGAUGACCUCCUGUUAGUCUGUUAGAGCUUGGAUUUAUUCGUUAACUUUCUUUUUUUGAUAAUCAUUUAUAUUGCCUCCUUUUUUUUUUUAAUUUUGUUUUUACACCGUAUUGUGUUACGACACAUUUAGUAUUCACCAGCAUAGCCCACUGUUCUGCCUACGAUAUGCAAACGUGUUCAUUACAAUAUGAAGUAAAGGUCUAUGAAGUAUAGGUUUUGUGUAACUAAUGUAAAAACACAAAUUUUAUAAAACUGUACAGUUUUUUAACUAGUCUCACAAGCCAGCUAGAAUAUUGCAUAGAUAUCUGCCUUAACUCUAGUAUGCCUGUAAGAAAUAAGGGGAUUAACCCAGGGAAAACAAAAAUACAGCCAAAAAAAAAAAAUAAAAAAGCCAAUUUCAGUUCAGUUUUUAUCUAAGUUAAGCAGGAGCUGGGCUGGGAGCCCCAACCCGGGGACGAUGGGGGCAGCUCCCAUCCCACGCCCGGCGCAGCACCAGCGGCCGCCGCAUCUCCUGAUGUGAGGAGUGAGCAGUGUUGCGUUCCCCCCACUCUGUGGUUUCAAGACUAUGUAUAAAUGCAUUUUAUUUUAAAUAAAAGUCGAAUCUUUUAUUUAA